AUGCCAAAGGGCAGCAAAUCAAAAAAGGGUACUGACGUCGCAUCAGCCGAUGUAACGAUCAACAGCUCCGAGUCAAUUUCGAUUAAUAAAAGGAAAUGCGCGUCGAUUAAGCAACAAUUAAUUGCUUUAAACAAAACUUUGUCGGCGCAGCGUCUUCGUGAGCUCGUUGAAGCUGAACUAUCUUUCCACAUGGAGUACGUCGAGAGCAUGCACGACAGCUUUGACCACGUGCGAUCGAUUCUCGAAGAAGCUGAUCAGCGCGAACUAGAUGGAACAGGCCGAGCAGAAUUUUUCGACGUGUACCUAGAAGUCAAAGCAAAGCUGUCUCACGAACUCAAUUUACAUCGGAAACCAAACGCCAGGCAUUCAUCGACCGUUAGACACUUCGCAUUGGAAGAACCGCAAUCAACGUUAUUUUCAUCGCUACGAAAAUCUCGCCUACCUGAGCUGAAAGUACCGCAAUUUAGCGGAGCAUACAUCGAAUGGCCUAAUUUCUUUGCCAUGUUCAGCAGCGUUAUUCACAAGGACCUCGAGUUGAGCAAAGUGGAAAAACUUCAACAUUUGCGCGCUAGUUUGCAAGGAGCCGCUUUGGAAACCAUUUGGUCGCUAGAACCGGUUGAGGAGAAUUAUGACAAAGCCAUUUAUCUACUAAAAAAUCGAUUCGAUAGCAAAUUACUUGUUUUUCAGGCGCACAUUAAGGCGAUUUUCGGGUUAAACACUGUCGACAAGAGUUCUGGUAGUGGUUUGCGGGAAUUGAGCGACAAGUUUAAUUCGCAUCUUCGUGCACUGAACACAUUGGCAACACCUGAACAAAUUUCUGAUGGUAUACUCAUACAUCUUGUUACCAGAAAGUUCGAUGAGAAGACGCAGGAAAAGUGGGAGGAGGACUUGCCGACGCAGACAUUGCUAACUUUGAAUUCACCAACCUUGUUUCUGGAGAAGCGGUGCCGAAUUAGGGAAAGUGCUACUGUAACGCAAACACCUAGCAACCAG